AUGAUCAUCAUACCUUAUUGGAAUCCAAUAAAAUAGAGACAAUUUUAUUUGGUUGCUCAUGAUUUUAUCUUUAUGCAAAAACAUAAAUUAAAGUAUCAUUCAAUGUUAUUUUAGAUUGAUCAAAUAUAUUAAAUAAACUAGUAUGGGCAAAAAUUGUCUUCUAAAAUUCUAUCAGAUCUAAGAAAUUUAGUAGUGA